CUUCGUGUCGAUUACGAUCAUGUCACGGAUAGAGACACGUAGUAAAAGAAGACGGAGGUGUACGAUGUGGCUGGUUGCACUGGGGAACCUCGGUGCACCGCAUACGCUGGGCUUCAUACCACCGACUCCUUCGGUAAUGCGGCUACCUCCCUUGUUGGCACGUCCUGUUCAUCACUCGUCGUCGUCCGAGAACGACGCUUCCGCUGCUCAGCCUCCAUCCUCACCCGGGUCGCUGCGGGAAUUACUAAUCGUACUCGACGACCUGGGAAUUCGAUAUCCACCGGAAGCUUCGAGAUACGAACUGGAACAACUCUGGCGCCGCGAAUGGGUGCGGCAAACGAAACAACAAACAGCCAGACAGAUUUGGACGGAACACUCGGAAUCCACGACUGCAAUCGUUGCGCCUCAAGCCAAACGAAAGUCUACCCGCAAAGGACUAAAGGAAGAAUACCCGCAACGAUGGUCUCUCGGAGAGUUGGUGGAAAAAUUGGAUGAGCAGAAUAUAAGGUACUCGCCCACGGCGACACGCGAGGAUCUCGAGUUUUUGUGGAAUACGAGGGCACGUCCGGUAGAUUCAGUCGAUCCUAUCUUCACCAAUAGGCAGUCGGAUGCCAUACCUCGAGACCCAUCCAAGUCGGCCAACAGGGACGUCGUUACCCCUAUAGACGACCUGAUUAAAGAACUGGAUCGUCAAAACCUACGUUAUCCUCCUACAGCUACCCGCGCCGAUCUGGAAGAUAUACUAAAUAGUACACCGCAACCGUCGCCGUCGCCAUCACGAUAUGGUCGACAACCCAAAGACCCCGAUCUCGCGGAAAAACUGCGCAAACGAGGGAGUCGAAGCCGACAGCAAGAAUUGGAAAUGUCCUCCUGGCAGCGAGCUCUGCAACACAGUCAACGAACAAUUUCCAACGUACUGCUCGAAUCUCUUCCGGCCAAGGUGGACAGCGCCACCAAACGAGUGAGUAGCAAAGCCUCUCGAGCAGCAGACCGCGCCGCUCGUAGAGCUCGCCAAGUGUCACGGCAAGCCAAAGACUAUUUUACCGUAGAUGAAAACGGCGUGCGGGAUGUGCCGUUCCAGUACGUGUACCAGGAGGAGCGCCCGCGACCGAUCAACAUUCGCUUUCGACCCGUAGAUACAGAUAUGAUGUUCUAUCGUGCAAGUCCAACUCUUCGACCGCGUGCAAGACCGCGGCCGCCUUCCAGUUCUCCUUCCGGGCGCCCACAUACACCGACGAGCGGGGCGACUGCUGCAACCACUGCUCAGUCGUCUCCGCUGUUCCGGGGCGUACCGCGAUUGCUGCCAGUAUCCUCCGCUUAUAAGGAAGGCUCUUUCUCCCAGCCACCACCGUCGUCCAAUCCCGGAAGUCACUCAUCAGAACAUGGACAAAGAAAGAACCGAAAAGUAUACAGUCCGUACUCCAAGGAUAAUAUCUGGGACGAAAAGGAUGCCUUCGAUCGGUUUGGCGACUUUCUUGCCGAUACAGCCGAUAAGGUCAUGUGGGGGAAAUACGACUUGUCUCAGCAGCCUUCUGAGCGAGGAGCGGAUAGGCAAACAGCAGAACCAGAGAGCAAAACUCCUAAGCCUCAUUCCAAGAAACAGUCUCCAGCGGAGUAUCGCCACUGGAAAGAUCGGCUUGAAGAGCGUUUCGACACAAUGCUCGGAAUUCAUGAGAAGGGUGAAUACUAUAAGAAAUGGACUGAUCGAGAGAUAGAUGAUCAUCGCCAGAAAAGUGGCGGUGACGUGUUUUCUUUUGCACGAGGGGAACAGCUGAGAGGGAACCGGCGGAGCAAACGGCAAAAGUACGAGAAGCCAAUUUGGGAAGAGGAGGGAAGCUUGAUUUCUCUCCUGUUUGGUCGAACCCCUGCCGGAGGCAGUCUUCUCUACGAAAAGUUGUUAGACACGAAAUCAGGCUCUAUCUUGAAUGUUUUUCGAGCGGGAGCAAAGUCGUUUCUGCUAGUAGGGAGCUACUUGUGUCGAUGGGCCAGUGUCCGUGGUGCUUUGCCUCAACCGGUAGUUGUACUUGGAGUGUUCACUGCGGGUAUCUGCGCCCAUCCAAGGCGGCGCCUUCGGACUGUUGCAAUCUCGCUCAUUGUACUGCGGACAGUUGGAGAGCUCUUACACGGCUACUUGGUUGGAGAUCAAGAAUGGAACGAGGAUGACGCCUCAAGCGAUAGUUCCGGAAGUGAUUACGAAGGCGCUGGAAUGUAGAUAUGGACAUGAGCAAGUAACAUAGUAAAUCAUAAACGACAAAAAGUGAUUC